CUUUGCCACAGUAUUUCUGUAUAUAUACAAAAUACCGUGUCUUUGCUGUUUCCUUGACUUUUAACCUAGUUGACUGGGUGUUUGUAAAUAAGGGUACGAGAAUUAUAAUACAGUAAAAAUGAUCCCCUAUAGUUAUUUGAAAGUAUUGAAACUAGGGGGGAGGUUAAGCAAAAUUUUAAUAGGGAUUUUCAUUAUCUACCAUGUUAUCAAGAUAUUUCAAAAUAACACAAAGAAAGUGGUUUUAAUUUGGUGGACCCCAUUUAUGCCUGCCUCCAACAGAAUAAUAAAAUGUUAUGGUGGAGAAUAUGAAUGUAUAGUAACUAGUGAUAGAUCAUUCACGAAUCACAUUGAUUUGGGAGCUUUUUUAAUAUAUGGUAGCCACAUUGAAAACAAUGAUUUUCCUCUACCUAGAACUGCAUCAUGGGCCAUAUUCCACGAAGAAUCACCAAAAAAUUAUGCCCCAUUUCUAUUUGAAAUUCAACAUUUGUUUAAUAUUACCUCCACAUUUAGCAGAUACAGUGAUUUUCCAAUAACCUUGCAGUAUCUGGCAAAUCUCAUGUCUAUAACAGAUAACAAAUAUUAUAUUCCCGUAGAGAUUAAAAACACUUAUUUGAAAACACAAGCUCCAGUGUUAUAUAUUCAAUCUGACUGUGACACACCACUAGGAAGAGAUUAUUUGGUGAAAAAAUUGGCCAAAUAUGUUGAAAUUGACAGUUAUGGUAAAUGUCUUAAAAAUAAAGAAUUUCCGAAAGAGUAUGUUAUCUAUAUGAUCAAUUGCACCAAGUACUUUUGCAAUUUCUUUUUCAGAUUAAAAACUGUAUUUCCUUUGGACCUUUAUAAUAAUGAAUAUUUGGAGUUUAUAUCUAAAUACAAAUUCAUAAUUGCAUUUGAAAAUGCAAUAUGUGAUGACUAUGUUACAGAAAAGUUUUGGAGACCAAUUAUUGUUGGUUCGAUUCCCAUAUAUUUAGGGGCCCCCAAUAUUGAAGAUUGGCUUCCCAAUGAACAGUCUGCUAUUUUAGUAAAAAAUUUCAAGAAUAUGGAAGCAGUAGCAAAUUUCAUCAAUAUAUUGAAUAAAAAUGAUACAUUGUAUGAAAGUUUCCUGGGACAUAAGUUAUCUGGACGAAUUACAAAUAGUUUACUGGAAGAAAAUGUAUUGAGCCAACAUCCAAUUACUGGUUUUGAAUGUUAUGUUUGUAAACGUGUACACGAAAAUAACUUUGAAGUAGAACAUCCAAAAAGAAAUGUUUACAAAUGCCCAAAACCUAUUCCUCGAAGCGAUGAAGAAAAUACUUGGAAUCAACAUUGGGAUAUUGGCAAGUGCCAGUCGAAGGCUUUGGAGUUAUUGCUACAAAAAGGAAAGCCAUAUUCUAAUGAUGAGUUUGAGCAACUGUGGAAAACUUUUUUACAGGAAAGAACUUGUUAUGAGUGACCACUUCUGAAUUACACUGUGAUAUUUUUUGUAUAUGUUGAGAAAUAAACAAAGUAUAUUUCAUGCAAACAUU